AUACCCAAAGCUCUUCUGCCCACACUCGUUCCGUCAACUGACCCAUUCUCUAGAUUCCUCCAAAGUUUCCUUUUAGUUCUGUCUCGUCCGUAGCCUCGCACGGUCGCUCGGUUCAACAACACCAACCCGUACACGCGCAUCAACAUCGCGCUUCCAGCAAGAAAUUAACAAGAAGACGUGAGUUUUCAUUCGAAAUUUAACACGCUAUUAGACUUGUGUACGCCACUGCAACACCGCCAAGAACUGUUACUCCAGGAUCCAUGCCAAGCUAGUUCGGGAGACGCUAAAGUUGCAGGAUGGUGCUGGUGCUGAACGGAGUAUUGCAGGAGGAAUGCCCCCCGGACACCCGAUCCCUCUACCACGCUCACCCCGUGUACAGGGAGACGGCCGCCCAAUUACUGGCCAUCCCCAAUAAGGUCAUCGGCCCGGUGGGGUUGCUGUACGUGCAGCAGAGGGAGCUGGCGGCGACCGUCCCUCACGACAAGAACGUGAACAUCUUGGGCUCCGACGACGUCACAACAUGCCUGAUCGUGGUGGUACGACACUCAGGUUCGGGCGCCGUGGCCCUCGCCCACCUCGACGGCUCCGGCACCGACGAGGCCGUCUGCACCAUGGUGCAGCGCGUCCAGGAGCUCGCCCUGGGCUACCCCGAGGGCCGCAUCGAGCUGCAAUUGAUCGGCGGCUUCACCGACCCCAGGCAUUAUUCCGAAGAACUGUUCUACAACGUCAUGACUUCGUUCCAUAAACACCCUGUAGAGAUAGACUUGACCCUGGCUUGCGUGGGCGAACUGAAUACUACAAUAAGGGGUGGGAUCCACUGGCCGAUUAUCUACGGGAUCGGGGUGAAUACGAAGACGGGGGAGAUAUUUCCGGCUACUUUUCCCGACAAAGGUCCGGAUCAGCCGCUGAGGUGUUCCCGAUUUUUGACGGGAGUGUCGCAGGUGUUGGACAUUUACGACUGCAGCUUGGGCCUUCUCAGGAUUGGACCCUUCAAUUACGAACCAUUACGAGGCGUCGACUUGUGGUUGGAGCAGAGCGACGAAUUCAUCUUGCAGCAUUUGUCGACGUCGCCCGACGUCGAGCCGCCCCAUUUCGUCAUGCAGAUCCGGGCUACUCUCAAAUACAUCCAGGAUAACCAAUUCCCCGCGGUGACAGUCUUCAGGGACAACCGUCCUCACUACUACCGGCGAGAUGAACACUCCGGCAUUUGGACGCCCGUGAGAUACUAAGGAAGGAGGCGCGAGAGAGUUGUUUUUAGAUAUAUUUUUACAAAUUAAUAUAGUUAUAUUUUAUCUCUGUAAGAUUAUAUACACCGCAUGAGUCGUGCGUUUUUGUAAAUAUAGAGGAAAUUUACGAGCAUUUUGACGUGUUGAUUACUUUUUACUUGUGCUUUUUUCUAGUUAAUGUUUAUACAUAUAUUUUGUGAUUGAUUUAUCGAAUAUUUUGUUACUAUACUGUAAUUGUUAGUUUUACUGCCAGUGGAUGCGUAAGUCUAAGUUGAGAUAAUUUUUGUUAAAAAUAAGACACUAUUACUUUAUUUAAGUUUGUUAAUUGGGUUGUUGAAUAAUAAAUACUUAUUGCUAUUGCUUAA